GCAGAAGACGUCGCGGGUCAUCACCUACGAGGAGUUUCAGAUGGCUCUGCAGGAGUUAGCCCCCAAGAGGUUCAAAGGUCAAAGCAAGGAGGAGGCGCUGGAGUCCAUCUUUAAACUGGUGGAGGGCCGCGAGCCCAGCAACGCAGGGGUCACGAAAGUGGCGAAAGCGCCGGCGCUGGACCGGCUGACGGACGCGUCGCGGUACACGGGGUCCCACAAGGAACGCUUCGACGGGAGUGGGCGGGGCAAAGGCCGCGAGGGCCGCGAGGAGCUGGUGGAGAACACGGGCUACGUGGGCGCAUACAAGAACGCUGGAACCUACACCCAGAAGAAAUAACAGCACUUAGUCUGGACCUGAACUCUGAACUCUGACCUCUCUGUGUGUGUGUGUGUGUGUGUGUGUGUGUGUGUGUGUGUGUGUGUGUGUGUGUGUGUGUGUGUGUGUGUGUGUGUGUGUGUGUGUGUGUGUGUGUGUGUGUGUGCGUGCUGCAGCUUCAUUCAGACUGGUCCUGGGAAUUGAUUGUGUGUUCGAGCGUCACACAUACAAAUACAAGAUACAAAUAUAAUAAAACUAGUAAAAUGAACAUUAACAACAAAUAUUUACAAAUGAACAAUAGAACAUACAUGUAUCACUAGAGUAUGUAAUAAUACACAAUAUUACAAAAACUGAUUAAAUGUUAGUACUUUAUAAUAUACAGAUUCUCUGGGAGUCUCCUGAACACAGGAAGUGACACAGGAAGUGACACAGAAAGUGACACAGGAAGUGACACAGGAAGUGAUGUAACCAUGAAAUCAGAGAUCCUUUACUGAUUCCUCUGCAGGAUAAUUAAUAGAAAUCGGACAGUUCAGAUGAAACUCAAACAAAUUAGUUUAACGUAUUAAAAUAAAGAGGAAAACACACGUUUGUAACACUAGGAACAACCACAGUAAAAAGACUGGUCACAGCCCAUAAUACUCCUGUUACCAUGGUAACAAUGAGUUGAGUUUGGACGUUAGUCCGUCUGGAUGGAGCGCAGCUUCCUCCCUGAUAACUGUUUCUCUAUAAACACAUCAUAUGGUGUUUGACAUUAUUCUGAUAUUAAACAUGUUUCAUAAAGUUCAAGCUGAAUCUCUUCUUUUUAAUAAAUAUAAAUACUGCCGCUUUCUGGAAAUGCUUUUGUUGUUUGGAGCUCAAACUGGAAAGUUACUUUAUUAAACCAAUAAAAGCUGAAAUAUU